GUUCAGCACGUGCCAAGGCUCACCGCCGCAGACAACGCUAACCUCAGAAAGACCCAACGCCGGGGGGCGAUGCCCUCGGCAUCGGAGGAGCGCCGGCCGGCCAGUCCAGCCGAGGCCAGUCCGCGGACAGCGCCACAUCUGUCAGCUGGGCCGCCCCUGACCUUUUCCGAACCGGCAGCCGAUCCCGCGCGGCCGCCGCGCUCAACAGACUCGGCGCAGUCGGCGGACUCGACGUACUCGACGCGUCUGGUGGACCCGGCGGACUCGGUGCUGUUCACGCGGCUGGGCGAGACGCGCCUACGGCGGCUGGUGCACCCACUGGACGAGGGCAUCCUCUGCAGCUUUGUGCGCUCGUUGCUGGUAGUGGUGUGCAGCCUGACGGUGGGCAUCUGCCUGACGCUGGCGGCGCUGCUGGCGUACCCGGCGGCGGCGGCCGGCCGGCGCCUCGGCGUCCUCUGCUCUGCCUCACUGCGCCGCCUCUCGCUCAAGCGCCGGCUCGAGAUGAUGGCCAACCUAGUGGGGCCGCACGACGUCCAGUGGCUGGAGGCGGACGGCGGCGCCGCGUCGGAGCCCAUCCACCACGCGCUGCUGCUGUUCGACGAGCAGUUCCGGCUGGAGGCGGCGCUGCAGCGGAUCGUGCCGUUCGCCGGCGGCCGCGCCUGGGUCGCCGAUGACGAGUUCGUGCUGGAAAACCACAUGUUCGCUGCGCCGGCGCCGGUAUCACUCGAGCGCUCGCCGUGGGAGGCCGUGGCCGUGCACGUGGCCGCCACGCGCGAGACGGCCGUGCUCGUGCGCGUGCACCACGUGAUCUCAGACGGCAUGGGCUUGCUGCGCGCGCUCUGCCACGUGCUGGCCGAUACGCCGCCGGGUGCCGUGCCGCCCAAGGCCAACUUCGGCAGCGUGACGUACGCGCUCAACUGCCUGCGUGCGCUGUUCGUGACGCCCGUGACGCUCGCGCAGUGGCUGGUCUGCGCGCGCAGUGACGUCAGAGUUGCACGCGAGCCGUGGAGGACCGACGUCUGCCUGGGCAGCCUGGACUGGGAGCACCUGAACCAGGUGAAGCACGUGACCAAGCAGUCGGUGCACGAGAUUCUGCUGUCGGUCGUAGCUGGCGCCGUGCGUCGUGAGUUGAAGCGCUCCGGCCUGCGUCUGCCGCCUAAUCUGACGGCCGUGAUCCCGGUGGACCUGCGGCGCCACGAGGAGCCUCGCUGGCGUCUGCGGCUGAACAACUGCUGCAGCCUGGCGCGCGUGGCGCUUCCGACGCGUACCGAGGGCGCCGUGCCGCGGCUCUGGGCGGCACGGCGGGUCAUGGACGACCUCAAGACGUCCGCCGACACGGCCGUCAGCCGUCUCCUGACGCACGCCUUCUACACCCUGCUGCCGGCCCGCUGGGCGCGCUGGCUGGCCGAGAGCUCGAUCGUGCUGCCAUCUAGCGUGCUGCUGGCGAACCUCGCCGGUCCGGAGGCACCGUUACAGGUGGGCGGCAGCACGGUGACGGCGCUGUUCCCGCUGGAGCCGCCGCCGCCGACCGCCGUGGUCUCGGUCAGCGUCGUGACGUAUAGUGACGUCAUGCACGUCAGCGUGGCGUGCCGGGGCCCGUCCGGUGACGCGCCGGCCCGCCGGCUCAUGCUGGAGCUGCGCAGGCAGCUGAAAACGCUAUACAACCUGGUGAAGAACCGCCGAGGCCACCGGGAGGUGAAGCGGCCCCUGGUCACCAGUGACGGCACGUCAGCGACCAGUCGGCCCACGGACGAGUUGCAGGAAAAGCUGAAUCUGGUACAAGACCAGCUGCACUCGCUGCGGACGGCCGGAUCUGCCGAUCAGCAAGACGGCGCCGAUGCCGACGAGUUCCACCAGCGCGUCGCCACGCUCAAGGAGGAGUUCCGCGACCUGCUGGCCGAGCUGCAGCGGCGCCGAUCCACGCCAGAUGGCAGCACGGUCGUGUAUGAGCUGGACAACUUGGAUGGGGAGCUUCGUCGUGCCAAGAAGAGACCAAGCUCCUCUAGAAAGAUGUCCACGUCUUUGUCAUCUUCACUUUCACGUCCACUCUCCACAGCUGAAUCAACAACAAUCAGGUCUUCCAGGUCCCUGACGUCUUGCCGAUCCGGCUCACCGCCGGCCGAGGCGCCGCGCCAGCUGGUGACUCGCGAGUCGGGCUCGUCGCAGCUGGUAACUGGCGAGUCGGGGUCGACGCAGCUUGUGACUAUCGAGUCGGGCUUCGGCCAGCCUCGGUUGGAGUUCAGUCCGCCGGUGGAGGCGCUCUCCUGACGGACGGCCUGGACGCCGUCCGAUGCGAAAGGCGUCCGGGAGGUGCAGAUCUGAUUACGUCACGUGACGGACGGCAGCGGGGCCCAGGCGACUGAGGUGGGGCCGGCUCGGCCAGCUGAUUGCGCGAUGCGGACUUUGGAAGUUGUGAUGGCUCGGCGCGGCGGACUUCGGGCAGGACGCUGGAGAUACAUAUUCUUAGUGCAAAGUUGGCCAUAUCUGACACCGAUGGCAGCCGUGUUAGUUGGUCGCUUGAAGCUGAGGCUCGCAGCUACCUUAACUGCAGCUGUUUCUGCAUUUGUCGCGGAAUGUCGAUUUUCGCAGUGAUGUUUAUCGGUGGGCUAACUUACUAUCACCUUAUUUUCUUCACACCCACGGGCCCGCGUUGGUUUGCGGUGUGGAACAGUUCAAUUGCACGGCCGUUUUCAAAGUUCGCUGUCUUGUUAGGGUUUAAGAUCAGAGUCGUUAUAGCAUAGUAAUCUUAUGAUUCUAGUGGAUUGUCUUGGAUUCGACGGACAUAGAGCAGGCUCUGUCGGCUGCGUUAGAUAUGCGUGGUGGGCUGUCCCGUCAGCAAUAUUACAUGCUCUAUAGAAAUGUCCACGUCAGUGUCAACUGCCACGAGUGCGACAACACCAACGUCAAGUGGCGUGAUAUGAGGACAGGCAUGUGCAAUAUGGCCAGUGAUCAUAUAUCUCCAAGUGGCGGUCAGCUUUACUCGCUGGUGUGAUGUUGGUUGAUGCCAGACUGAUGUAUCGUUUUGGGAGCAGUUCCAACGAUUUUCCACUGUGCCCGUUAAUAAGCUAAGACGCCUUAGGGCAAGCUGAAUAUUACGCUGAUCUGCCCUGUUCAGUAUCUGUGGGCACCGGGUAGAUGUCACGUUGUUUUGAUGAUGUUCCGGCUGUUUUUGCGUUCAAGACCGACAAAAUGUUCCUAGGUGGACGCAGGUAACUUGUAUGAUACGUUUUUUAUAAUAGCGUGCCAAUCAUCAGGGUAUGAUGUUACCUGUCUGUGGAAAAAAACUCAAGCUUCGUGGUGGAUAACGUCCACGUACAGCGCAUCAGCACCUCAUGGUGUGGUGGCUCGGCCGGGGCACCACUGGUGACGCCCCCUCCCCGUCCCCCUCCCACUGGGCCGUCCCACGCCUGUAGAACUGGCGGAGCGUUGCCGGUUACAUUCAGACGGGAGAGCUCGUUGUCACCGGGCAAGACCCCCUCCCCCUUUCCGGAUGGCGCACCUGCAUCUCGGACCACGCAGAUGGGGGAGUCCUGACUCACGUCCUGCUCUGCCGCAACGACUUCGGUUUGAUGCCGACUCGCACAUGGUAUCUUCCUACCGAAACUGCCUUACCACCAUCUGAGCAGGAAUAAUAAGGCAAAC